CGACGAGCCUGAGGAUGGCAGAGGGCGAGGAUGCCGAGUUACGUCGGGCGCUUGACGUCGUCCAGUCGAUGAUCGAGAUCUCCGCUGAGAGACUCGAGGGACUCAGGACCAAGUGUUCGACCAGUGCUGAGCUUACUCAACAAGAAAUUCGGACUCUUGAGGGGAAAUUGAUUAAACUUUACUCAAAACAACUUGUGACUAAGUCGAAACUCUCUGUUGAGUCUCUGCCACUUGAGAUGAGACAGUAUCCAUCGCUGUCACAGUGGUUGAGGAAUGUAUGUACCAAAGCUCAAACACUAGAAGCAUUAAAAGAAAAAACAGAGCGUGAAUUAAGCACAAUGUUAGGAGAAAAUAAUUCCCGACAUGAAGAAGAACUACGUCGUCUUUGCCGAGCUCUCCACAACCUCCGUCGCUACAUCGACGUUCUCCUAGAAGGCGACAAGGAUACCGACAUGAAUUUAUACUGGGACUCAUGGGACCGUCAUCAGCUGCGAAGCGGGCCUUCACCGCGGCCCGUAAGGUCCCGAACAACCCGAAGUUCAGUGCCAUCCGAAGACAGUAUUCCUUACCACAACAAUAUUAAUGUAAAUAACGACAUCCUGAGCCAGUCCUCUUCGAUAAUUUGCCUCACUAAUAGUCCACCGUCGACCCCUCGGCUCAACAAGCACGAGCGAGCCAACGUCAAGUUCCCCACAACUCCGCCGCCGAACAAGAAACAGAACCCGCAACCUCCUGCGGAUGUCUUUCCGCUGACUAAGUCAAAGUCCCACGAGUCCCAGCUUGCUAAUCGACUGGAGAACGGCGAGACUGAGCAUCCUAGAAGGAUUAGACUCCCCACUGAGCCAGGGUCUGGUACCAGCAACGCGAAUAUUCCCAAUGAUACUCUGAACAUCAGCAGUCCUCUUAAAUCUCCGCCUUACUCUAGUGCUGAGAGUGAUGACAACAGUUUUAAGGGGACUGUUACCAGCCUCCAGAAGCAGAUGUUCAUCGGAACGGGUUUAAAAUGCAAAGAGUGCAAGUACAAGUGCCACCGUGACUGUGAGUCAAAAGUUCCACCUUCUUGCGGACUUCCUCAAGAAUUAUUCGACGAGUUCAAGCGAACGCUCCAAGCAGACAGUUUAGCAAAUGCAUCUCCAACUCUAAGCAAGCCUGGAGUGACAUCUCCAAAUCAUCAUCAUCACAUUUCAAAUCUUUUGAGUUCUUUAAAUCGCAAGGACAGAAAACGACCGCACUUGCACUCGUCAAUAAACAUACCAUUCACGAGCGCUGACUCAAGUUCAACUACCUCGAGCUGUAACAGCUCAACUCCUUCUAGUCCAGCGUUACUGCCGGGUGGACAGACGACUAGUCAAACGAUAAGUGUCAACGUUACCAGCAUUGCUACGAGCACUGCUACGGGCAUUGCUACUCACUUGCCGACAGUCAAGCAGCAGUUCCACUUUCCGGAGGUGACUCUUAAUGAAAAGACUCUGAUGGUCGAUGGUCAGCACUCUCGACUGGACAGCACCAUAAUGUCCAGCGACAGCGACAAGACUGUCAGUGUCUCUGGCUCCGGAAGUGUCAGCACUGAUUCGGAGCGCACUCCGGAUAUAUUAAUGCACUGCUGGUCAUAUCAUGCGGAUAAGCGUCCAGAUUUUGCGAAGCUACUGUCAACGCUUGAAAAGCUGCCGAAAAAAAGAUUAGCGCGUAGUCCCUCACAUCCUAUUCAGAUGUCACGUUCCGCAGAAUCAGUAUUC